UGGCGCUAGGCGUCGCUAUGCGCUGACAUUCUCGCAAUAUUUUCACUCUUUGUAGUAUACGAAGAAGAAAUCCUCUGCCCACGUGAUCUCGGAUGACCUCCUAAAUGGCUCGGUUCUCCCUAGAGUGGUGCACUUUACAUGGCGUUUAAAAUAGGGGCUUGUGGUCCCCUAUGUAGUGCACUUUAUGUCUGAUGAUAAGCGUUUUGGGAUUUAGCCUGGAGGUCUUGCUGGCUGGCUGGAACCCACAUGAGUAACCUUUAAAUUACUAAUGAGGUUAUUAACAACAAAAAUAGGUGAAGUUAUAUAGUUGAAUGAAUGUCGAGUGUUGAUAUUCAAACGCUUACAAAGUGAUUAAACUAAGGAGAGGUUUUAUAACGUGUAUGUUAUACAUGUUUAUAUCCAGCUCGCUAGCAGGCUAGCCUCCCAUGCAUGCAGGUAAAAGUUAGUGCAUUUCAUUAUAUAAGUGUUCAGGCAUGUCCGCUUGUAAAGCGCUGUAUCUGAGUGUGUUAAGGCACAGAGUUCCUUUAAAGCUGUGGAGGAGAAAUGUCACCACCUGGUCACCUGUUGGAGCUGCUUUCAACGCCAAAGCUGCCAGAAGACUGGAUCUGUAUCAACAAAAUGUGGGUUUGUUUGGCGUUCCUGAGCUGAGCUGUACAGAGGGAUUUGAGGUGAUCCAGGAGAAAGCUCUGCAAGAGACCGAGCGCCUGGUGGAGAAAGCCUGCAGCACGCCGCCUGGCCGUGUGACUGUGGAGACAUUCGAUAAGCUCUCGGACAGUUUAUGCAGAGUGGCUGAUCUGGCAGACUUUAUCAAAGUGGCCCAUCCUGAUCCACUGUACAGAGAAGCAGCAGAGAAAACUUGCAUACAGAUCGGUACUACAGUGGAGAAGCUUAACACAAAUGUUGAGUUGUGUAAGAGUUUAAAGAAUCUGUUGGAUAAUGAAGAGGUGAUGGCCAAACUGGAUCCAGAAACAAGGAGAGUCGCUGAGCUGUUCAUGUUUGACUUUGAGAUAAGUGGGAUUCACCUGGAUGAAAAACAGAGGAAAGAAGCAGUCAAGCUGAAUGUUCAGCUAUUGGAUCUCAAUAAUCAGUUUCUUAUGGGCUGCCACAUGCCAAACCGAAUAGACAUGAGAGCUCUCCCUAAACACAUCCUCCAGCAGUUUACCAAUGAAGGGAAAUAUGUACAGAUUGGGGGACUGCAUGCUGAUGCACCUGACGAUCUGGUUCGGGAAGUUGCCUACAGGAUUUUCCUGUACCCAAAUGAAGAUAUGAUGCGCAUCCUUGAGGAACUCCUGUCUUGUAGACAUAAACUGGCGACGCUGGUCGGCUAUGAAUCUUAUGCACACAGGGCAUUAAAAGGGGCCAUGGCCAAAAGCCCAGACACUGUGAUGAACUUCCUGCAGCUUCUGACAGACAAACUCAAAGACAGGACUGAAAAAGACUUUAAAAUUAUGAGAGACAUGAAGACCAGAUUCAAUCCCAGGAAUCCAGAUCUUAUGCCAUGGGAUCACCCCUAUCUGAGUGGUGUUGUACGUGCUGAGAGGUUUAACAUUGAGCCAAGCCUUUACAGCCCUUAUUUCUCACUUGGAGCCUGUAUGGAAGGUCUGAACAGUCUUUUUACACAGCUCUUUGGUGUGUCACUUUUGGCUGAACAGCCUAGUGCAGGAGAAGUGUGGAGUGAGGAUGUACGCAAACUGGCAGUGGUACAUGAAUCUGAAAGAUUGCUGGGAUACAUUUACUGUGACUUCUUCUAUAGACCAGACAAACCUCAGCAGGACUGCCAUUUCACUAUCCGUGGAGGGCGGCGGCUGGACGAUGGGCAGUACCAGUUGCCGGUGGUGGUGCUGAUGCUGAACCUCCCUCAUCCUACCAAGAGCACACCUACUCUCCUCACACCAGCCAUGAUGGAGAACCUCUUCCAUGAGAUGGGUCACGCUAUGCACUCAAUGCUCGCACGCACACACUACCAGCAUGUGACCGGAACGAGGUGUGCCACUGAUUUCGCUGAGGUGCCCUCUGUUCUAAUGGAGUACUUUGCCACUGAUUAUCGUGUGAUCAACCAGUUUGCUCGCCACUAUCAGACAGGACAGCCUUUGCCUGAGAGCAUGGUGGCACGACUUUGUGAAUCCAAGAAAGUCUGUGGUGCUGCUGACACUCAACUUCAGGUUUUCUAUGCAGCCUUGGACCAGGUUUAUCACGGCAAACCCCAAAGACGAUCCACAACCGAUAUACUGAUAGACAUGCAACAGAAAUACUACGGCUUACCUUAUGUUCCCAACACGGCAUGGCAGCUGAGAUUCAGUCACCUCAUUGGCUACGGGGCCAAGUACUACUCUUACCUGAUGUCUCGAGCUGUAGCCUCCAUGGUCUGGAGGCAGUGUUUCCAUAAGGACCCCUUAAACAGGGAAACUGGAGAGCGCUACCGGCGAGAGAUGCUGGCUCAUGGGGGAGGGAAGGAACCCAUGCUGAUGGUGGAAGGCAUGUUGCAGAAAAGACCAUCCAUCGAGGAUUUUGUUGAUGCCCUCGUCUCUGAACUGGACCCAGAUUUUGAGACAUUCUUCAUGGACUCAGAGGGAUAAAUCACUACCUCUCAAACUACCUUCAAAGGGAAGGUCCUAGUGCUCACCUCAGGCUGUCUAGGGAAGGAGUGACGCGCUAGGGUCACAGCCCUACACUUUCUAAUACAGCGAGGCUGCAGUCCAUUCUGAAGUGAUUGAGGUUACACCUUCCACAGUGAGAUCUCUGAAUAAGGGCGUUCUCAAUAGGUGUUGAAUAUAAAGGUCACUAAGAACAUGAUUUAAUUUUCUGAAGCCCUAGCCAAAGCGUUUCACACUGACAAACAGACAUUAAGCUGACAAAGCAGAGAUGCCAUUUCAUUUACCAUUUGCAAUGUUACAUUUAGCAAUACAAAUGUUAGUGUUACCUGAGGCAGCAAUAAAAACACAGAACAUAAAGCACAGAGUUAACAUGCUACUGUGCUACCUUUGGUUGUUUCAUAGCUUUUUAUUAAUAGUGCAAAGAAUUUCUAUCAUUUGUUUCCAACAUACAUUAUAUGGCCAAAACUACAUGGACACCUGACCAUCAUAUCCAUAUGUACUUUUUGAGCAUCCCAUUUAGUCCCCAACUCCACUCUUUCCAUUAGAUUUUGGAGUGUGGCUGUGGGGAUUUGCUCAUUCAGCCACAACAGCAUUAGUGAAGUCAGACUGAAAUCGGGCAAGGAGGUCUGGUGCACAAUGAUGUUCCGUGGGGUUCAGGUCAGGGCUCUGUGCAGGUCACUUGAGUUCUUUAACUCCUGCCUGGGCAAAACAUGUCUCCAUGGACCUCACUAUGUGCACAGGACCAUUGCGAUGGGAUGGGUUUUCACCAUGGGACGUUUCACCAUUGGAAAACCCAUGAAGAAAUUUUCUACUAUAUAUAUAGUUCGGAAAACUUCUGGAGUUUCUGCACUGAAAUAUUUCUCUUUUGCAAAUGGAAAUGGAGAAAAUUUUAAGUUCAAAAUAAAUUUAAAGAUUUCAUUCUGAUUGUGCCACAGGACUAUCUCAGACAUUUUGUCUUGGCUAGCAAUAUUUUAGACAUCCUGAGGCAGACUGGCGGAUUUUACCAAACCGUUUGUUAAGACAACCUAAGCAGGAUUAAAAAGUAAAUGCAAAUAGAAUUCAGCCACAGCAACAUCCGAUGGUUUUUUCCCAGACCACCACCACACAUAUAUUUUAAAGGAAAGUCAAGUGUGCAGUAUAGGCUUCAUCACUUCAGAAUGAACUGCACCACAUCUUGAGCCUGUAUAGGCUUUUGGUAAUUGGAUCAAAUUAGGUGUGUUAAAUAAGCAAAA